GCUGCCGCGCGCGCUUUCCACCUGCUUCACUAAAUGUAGCUGAUUCAUCCCUAAACGAAGCGCUUCCGUUUCGACGGAAGCGACGGGAUUUACGGAGCCGGGUAGCAGUUGCAGGAGGUUGUGGGGGAUUCCCUUUAUCCGUUCGUUCAACACGAGCGGGCGGGAGGCAGGCGGCGAAGUACAUCUGGUCUGGAAUCGAAAUCACGAGCGUGUAUAGUGACAGCUAGGGGGCUCGUGGUCGAGAGAAAAAAAAAAUGUGUAACCGGAUCGGCGCGUUAGUUUGCUAGCUCAUGCACACGCGCAGCACACGAGCGCUGCUGUUUCAUCAAAUCCAAUCGACGCUCCUGCUUUUAAAGAGCGCCAUCAGACAGUCUUCCAGGAUAGUCACGUGUGGCUCUCGUGGCAUGACUACUACAAGUAAGGGAAACAAAGCCCUGAAGGUGAAGCGGGAGCCAGGAGAGAAUGGCACGAGCCUUACGGACGAUGAGCUAGUGUCGAUGUCAGUGCGCGAGCUGAACCAACACCUUCGCGGCCUAACCAAGGAGGAGAUUGCACAACUAAAGCAGCGGCGGCGCACGCUAAAGAACCGCGGCUAUGCCGCCAGCUGUCGCGUCAAGCGCGUCACGCAGAAGGAAGAACUAGAGAAGCAAAAAGCUGAGCUGCAGCAAGAGGUGGAGAAACUCGCUUCCGAGAAUGCCAGCAUGAAGGUUGAGCUAGACGUGCUGCGCUCCAAGUAUGAGGCGCUGCAAAGCUUCGCCAGGACUGUGGCACGCAGCCCUGUACCAGCUGCCAGGGGCGCAAUCACGCCAAUCAUCGUACCAGGCAAGGUGGCUGCAACGAGUGUCAUCACCAUCGUCAAGUCCAAAACGGAGGCACGCUCGUAAUGCACAAUGCCUUUGGUCAGUGAAUCAUUAUCAAGCACAGAUCUGCAACAUCUGCUUUAAACAAUACAGCAGUUAAAUAUGCUCUGCCUAGCAGUGUGCUUAUUAAGGCGGCAUGUAUGGUGAGGUUUGGUUGUUAACCUCUAUUAAGGCCUUCUGGCUUUGCAUAACUGUUUUUUGUUUUGUUUUUUUUUACAUUAACCUCAAGUGUUAUACAUUCCCAGAUUUAGCACAACCUUCUAUGCACCAUAGUAGGGAUUAUUAGUCCAUAAUACAAAAAUAACACAACAGGCAGAGCUAUAGUGUCUACAUAUUUCAUUUCAACUAAUGAUUCUGUCUUAAAAGGUUCUCAAUUAGCUGAUUUAUGUGUGAAAGGGCAAGCAAACAUGGCACAGGUUAAACACGUGCAGCAGAACAAUGCAGUUCAACAGAUACCACUGACUUUGGUUGGCAGCAUAAUUGCAACAUUGCACUGAGAGUUUUGUUUACUGAUAUCUAGCAACCUGGUAUUUUCUCGGUAUAACAGGGAAAAUAUUAGACAUUUGUUUUCAUGUUUCAGAUUCGUGUGCUUGAUAUUAUCCACUGACCACCUCUUAGAUGGGCUAGAAAAGCCAACGUUGCAAGUGAUGAUGAAAUCAAUUAAUGAAAGUGUCAGCAUUUAAAAACAACAACAUCUUAUGCUUACCUUAAAGAUGAGCCAAGUAUGGGGGUCAGGAGUAGUUUUCAGACGUUGCAUUGGCUGAGUCAAAUCACAGCCGAUUAAUUGUGGUUGAAAUUUGAGUAUUUGAGACUGUUUCUUGGUGUCAUGCUAUUCUCAAUUCAGUCCAAGUACAACCUCAACUUUUUUUUAUAUGGAACAACUCUGCUAAAAUGAAUGUCUUAUUAAGAAACCAAACAAAGGAGUUCUAAAUUAAUAUUAAUAUCCGUAAACAUACUAUUCUAAUUAUAGGAUUUCUGGGAAAUUGGAAAGAAAAAGGAAGGUUAGCUUUGGAAAUAUUCUCUGUAAUAAUAUUAAUGCUAGCAGUUUGACACUCAGUCAGUGCAAUAGGAUGAAAACCACAAACUCUCAUUUUUGGCUUUAAAACAAAAUUGGGGGAAAUAUCCAAUUUACACAAAUUUUCUUCUUUAGGCAAAACUGAUCAGCCAAGACAUGAUUAGUAUCCAAAUUUCUCUUCUUUAUUUUUGUUCUGGGGCUAAAUUGCUAACAGAAGUACUAAGCAUUGGCAGUCUGUGACCACCCAUUUGCAUCAUGCAAACACCAUGCUGGGGUUUUUAGGCAUUUGUCUGAAACAUAACUGGAAAUAAGUGGUUCAAAAAUGGAUACAGGAUGUAGGAGACACUUCAAGAAUUUAUAGCUAUACAUUAAAUGAAUGGGUCUAAAUGGCUGCAGUUUUCAACUACACAGUGUAUGCUAAUUUUUGAGAAGUUCUCUAAUUUAUAAAUGCAAUGUUAGACAAAGGUAAUCUCAAAAAGCCUUAAAUGGCAGAUUGACACGGUUUGAUGCUAGAUUUUGGCCAUGUUUUUUGUAUCAGGCCUAGAUUCUUGCUUCUAUUACUCGUGAGAUGGCCUCAUGCCAGCUUCAGAUUAGGUCUACCAGAAAAAAAAAACAAAAAAACAGACAACAAACAUGUCACGGCUGAUGCACAAUGUUUUACAGACAGAUCAUUUGUAUCAAUUUGAAUUUCCCCUAAAACGUUUCCUUUAUAGAUGAAAGUUUGGUGUUCCAUGCCAUGCCAUGCUAACACAUAAAAAAAUCAACAAAAUAACCCCCAAUUGUUAGUUUUUUGUGCCCUGUUUUGUUUAAUUCCAUUUGUGGAAUGAUGUUUACAAGUUAUAUUCUGAUGAAUAUGACAAGGAGAGGCAAUAAACUACCGUAUUUAUGCAUGGAAAAGGAGAAAUCCGGUAACUGUCUCCGAGGGUGAUGUUCACCUUUCAUAGACACAAGUUAUAUCACGUUUGUUAUGAGAGAGCCUGUCCAUAGAACAUAGCAAACUCCUUCCUUGUUUGAUUGAAUUCUGUUUUAUGUGUUUUUAAAACUGGUUUGAUGUAGAAGUUCAUUGGCAAACGUGAAGUAUCGAGUGGUUUCGUUUCGUUCGACUUUCUAGAGCUUAAUACUGUGGAUGGACUGGUCAUAGUUGCCUAAACACAAAUCCACACAAGCUUUAUCGUUUACUUAUUAUUAGCAAGUGUUCUUUGAUGUCUUUGUCCAGCUAAAGGUUUAGCUCUAUCUUUGUUAUUUUCUGGUAAGAGAUGUUUUGUUAUUUAUAACAGAGGUGUCCAACUCAUGUGCUAGAAGGUUAGAGUUCAACACAGUUUGGUCAUUUGCCUGCACUAACACACCUAUUAGUCAUGGCUAAAAAAAACAAACAAAAAAAAAACCUGGAGUUUUUCCAUCAGGUGUCUUUCAGCAGGUAAAUAACUACUAAACUGUAUGCCUGCCUUUUGACCGGUUGAGUUAGACACCUCUCAUUUAUAGGGAAAAAAAUGUCUGGGAAAAAUACAAACCUUGAACUUGUUUGAUAUUGACUUUGCAAUUGUACCAAAAGUGGCUUAUUAUUGAAGUCUGAUAGCUUUUUUAGUGACUAGGCGCGUGGCGUGCUGUGAAAGUGAUCAGGUGGCAGUGUCGUCCACUCUAUUGGUGUCAUUCUGUACUAUUUACAUGAAUAUAUUUAGAAGAAUUUGUAGAAGACAGGCAAUGUAUAGAAGAGAGUUAACCAUCUGUUUCGGUCCCUUCCAUAUAACUGAUGCAGAUUUUUUUUAACACCAUCUCAAUUUCGUUGUGCAGCGCGAAACUGAAUUCUUCCGCCUCUGUGGUUUCUCCCAAAUAACGGACUUCCAUAACGCAAGAUGUCGCUGAAGGUGCUAUCCAGGGCAAAUGUUAAGCAAGAUAUUUUAUAACUUUGGCAAGGCUUUUUUCAAACACAUAUAUGGGUUAAAUUAAUAGGAACUUCUUUAUGAUCAUUGGAUUUUGCUUUAUUUUGCUUAUCAGGUUUCCGUAAUAAACAACAGCCUGAUUAUGAAAAAAAAAAAGUCAGCAGUGAAGUUCAGUUAAAUCAAUUGUGCCAUCCUUUUGCCUGAUUGGCUGCUCAUUGUGGUGCCAACAUUCCCCUUUUUCCAUACAGUCUGACAUACUGUAUGGUUGAACCGAAUAAAUCUGUGCAUCAUACUGAACUUACACUGUCUAUUAACAACAUAUUGCAAAUAUUAAUAGAUUUAUUGAUGAAUACUGCCGUAACUGUGGAACUCCAAAACUGAUUAUUGAUAAUUAGCACAAAAGAAAGGUUAGGUUUAACGCUAUAUAAAAUAAUUCUCAGCCAAGAGCUUACUUCCAUUACUUUCAUACGAGCUGUGUCAGACUGACCAUGGUAGUAGAUGAAGUGUUACAUUCAAGAAGCAGCAAAGUGCUUUCAUAAGCAUAUGAAAUAAUCCUGUUCAAUAUAUUGACCCUUCUCAUCAUUGAUUUACGAGAGUUGCGCUGGUGAGAUAGGUAUAUUUGCUCAGGACAAAAAAAAUUCAGCUUCCAACUGUAGGGUGAAAGAGCGGCACAGUAGGUCAGAGGGUAGUGUUAAAGCAGCACAGCUCUAGGACGUUUGGUUCAGUCCUGAGAUGUUGUUACUGUGUAAAAGUUCUGGCCAAAUGAGUUUCCUACAGGUUCUCCCAGGGCUGAACAAAUCAUAAAUUCAUUAACUAGUCCACCAGGCAAGUGAACACUCUGACAUGCAAAAAUGUCAGUAAGUUGUUGGAAAACACUUUGGCUAGAAGAUCUAGGGCUCUGUCCUCGCAUUGCAUGAAGUGUGUAUUUUCACACGGUGUGUUUUCUUGCCAGGUGACUCUUACUUACAGUCUUGCGUGGUUUUCACACUGGGCAUGUUCGCUGCAGUCUGACUCUGAGUGUGUUUGUUUCUGCAGCAUUGGUCUGAUUUCAGACUUACUUGCUUCUAUCGAUCCCUGGUGCAUUUGCGUUCAUCUUACAUCAUAUCGAGCAUGGAGAACAUAACAUGACUCAUCGUAUUUUUUAUUUAGAUAUUGUGUCAUUCUAUUAUGUGUUAUUAUUAUUACAGUGUUAUAAUGUGCAGCAGGACAUCUCACCUCUUCUUUGUCCCACAGUGUUCCUCUGUCACACAUGGUACUCAUGUGUUGUGAAAAGUAAUGAUGUCGUCAUCUGCUAAAACACAUGCGUAGGUUACUUUUCUUCCUGAACAAGUUCAGACUCGAGUACGAGUUCACAUUCACUAAAAUCGUGGCACAGUUCCAGCACAACCGAUCUCACACCACCUCCUAGUCUCGGGUUUGGGACCGUAGUACUUUAACAUUACCAAUGUUACAUUCACAUUUCCAACGAAUAAUACUCUGUUUCAGACUGAACUACCAGCGUGAAAGCCACAUAAGUGCACCUUAAACAAAAGCUUUGCACUACAAGUGUUGCUGAUUCUAAGCUUUCAUCCACGUACUCAAAUUAAUCCACCUAGCACAAAUCAUUCCACCACAAUCAGAUCUUGCCUUGGCUGAGCAAGGUGUGUUACACCACAAUGAAGUGCAUUAAGUGUAAUCCGACGCACCAAAACGACAACUUAAACAAUAAGCAGUGUUUUUUUUCCCCACUAUUUUGUUGUUCUUGAUCUGACUUGUCCACUGCGCUAUUGAUUCGUCCGUUCCUGUUUCCGGUUUCCUGUGACCUCCCAAAAACACAACUGUCAUAGGUGUGAAUGAGUGUAUGAACAUGUGUGGGCAGGGUGCAGUCCAGUCUCAUGCCCAGUGUUCCCAGCAUAGUCUCUCGAUCCACUGUGACCAUGACCAGGAUAAAGUUGAAGCUGAAUGAAGUGGCACUCUGUCUGAGGGAAAAGGCAAAAUUAUUAUUUAGGUCCUGGUGCAAAUUCGGAGAGUCCUGAACUCCUGUUUUAGAACGUUUGCCAAGAAGUUAAAAUGUCUUGCACUAUAUGGUUCCUGGGAAAUAGGCAUGCAGGGUAACUUGCGGUAAGUCGCUGUGUAACGCCACAUUUAUUGCACUGAAUAAUAGGGAUGCGAUCAGUUAGCUGGUUUACAAUGAGGAAAUGAAAUAGAUGGCAGUUAUUAAACAGCCUACUUUUUAGUAGAAAAUCUGAGAAAACACACCUUUUUGCUUUCUUUCAAUAACAUGAAAAGGCAAAAGCUUACUCUUUUAACAAGAUAAAAAAAUAUCUAUUGUAGCAAUUAUGCUAAAAAAAAAUACUGUGGUUACAUAGUACUGUCUAUUUCCUCUUUGAAAAUGCUAUGUUACAUCAAAAUACUUGGCUGCUGGUUUAUCAUACAGUUUAUCAUUCUCAAAGUCUAUAAUAGUCUGAAUUUAGAUUCCAGGUUUUUUUGGGGGAAAAAAACACAAAAACAUUUCAGGCUCUCAGAGGUUUCUCGUGUGUUUACUGCAUACCGGUCUCCUCUGUGGUGUUUAAAUGGAGUUCUUGGACAAAUGCCCCACUUUAUCCUUUUGUGGAUAUAAAUUAUUGAUCUGAGCCAUUUCACAGUCUGACAUCCAUGAUAGUUAUGACAAUAGAGCAGUUGUAGGAUUGACAGGAGGAGGGAGCGAGAUCACACUGAGCCUUGAAUGAUAAAGAAUUGUCCAUUUUUUGUGCUUUGAGUAAGAGCAUCAGGAAUAUAAGCUUUUUUGUCACUUAGUCAGUUCAUAAAUUGGCAUGUCUAACAGCUCUGUGGGAGGCCUUGUCAUUUUAUACAUAGAUCACACUAUGCAUCCAGGAGAGCCGCCUUUAAUCCCUGCCAUCGUCUUUCCAGAGAUUCAGAGGUUCACUCACUUGAUCAGCACUUAAUGUGACAAACUCUAUUAGCUUUAGGCUAACCGGGCUUUGUUCGUCAUGUUCUUUGUUCGUUUGAGCAGGUUCAAACACCAGGUUCAUAUAUGACUAGUUUGUUGUCUCAAAAUUGUUAAAUCAGAAAAAAAAAGCUUAUGAAAUGUGAGGUGGUAAUCGGUGAAUAGAAUGUGCUGUUUUGGAUAUAUAUGAGUACUUUGUACGAAAUACAGUAACAAAAUGGGUGAACUGUAACUUUAUUAAUUAAAUUAUUGUACUUUUUUGCAAUCUGUACAUACAAAAGUGAUGAUGUAUUAAUAUCUAUAUUCAUAUAUAAGAACUGUGGAUUUUAACCAUGCAGAUAGUCUUUCUUGGGUUUGACUAAGUUAUUGAUGUACUGUUGUAUAUAUUGUAUGUUUGGUGAUAUACAGCUUCCUUUAUUUUAUAUAUGAUCAAUAAAAAGGUUUUGAGAGAUGUCCAGAAGGUCUUGACUUUGGUGAGCAUGACUUUUAUUUUGCAUUUGGCUAUAUUCCGUGGCAUAGUCAUUGACCCAGUUUGAUGGGAGUAAAAAUAAAACUGGUGAAGGCUUUUUGCCAUCGGAGUAGGUUUUAGGAGAGU